AUGGGACUAGUAUUUGGGCGCUUUAUGGGUUUUUGCCGAAGAACCAAGUCCCAUGAAAUUGUCAUUGUCUCCUCAGAUUCCUCUCCUCAGCAUACCCACAAACAAUCUAGGAAAACCCAACAAAUGCCAACUCCACCUCCUCCUCCUCCUCCUCGUCGUACCAAACAUACCCAAUCUUCACAAAUACGACCAAUUUUAGGAAAACCGUACGUUAACAUAAACUUGAUGUACGAGAUGAAGAAAGAACUAGGAAGAGGCCAAUCGGGUGUCACUUAUCUAUGUACUGAGAAAACGACAGGAAGAGAGUAUGCGUGCAAAUCUAUUCCAAGGGAGAAGCUAUUGAGCCAACAUGAAAUUGAUGAUGUUAGAAGAGAGGUUAUGAUUCAGCAACAUCUUUCAGGGCAACCCAACAUAGUGGAAUUCAGGGGAGCUUUUGAGGAUAGGCAGAACGUGCACCUAGUGAUGGAGUUGUGUAGUGGGGGUGAACUCUUUGACCGCAUUAUGGCCAAAGGGAGUUACUCUGAGCGUGAAGCAGCCAUAGUUAUGCGGCAAGUUGUGAAUGUGGUUCACGUGUGCCAUUUCAUGGGUGUAAUGCAUCGAGAUCUCAAGCCAGAGAAUUUCUUGUUGGCUACCAAGGACGAGAAUGCUGCAGUUAAAGCCACUGAUUUUGGACUCUCCAUUUUCUUUGAGGAAGGAAAAAUGUAUGAAGAAGUUGUUGGAAGUGCAUACUACAUAGCUCCAGAGGUAUUAAAUCGGAAUUAUGGAAAAGAGAUAGAUGUGUGGAGUGCAGGAGUUAUUUUAUACAUCCUCCUAAGUGGGGUUCCUCCAUUUUGGGCUGACAACGAGAAAGGCAUAUUUGAAGCUAUUUCGGGAGGUAAGCUCGAUCUGGAUAGUGCACCAUGGCCUUCUAUUUCAGCUGCUGCAAAAGAUUUGAUAAGGAAAAUGUUGGCUUUUGAUCCUAAGAAACGCAUUACAGCUUCUGAUGCCCUAGAACACCCAUGGAUGAAGGAAGUUGGUGAAGCAUCUGACAAGCCUAUAGACAAUGCUGUUUUAUUUAGGCUGAAACAGUUCAGAGCAAUGAACAAGAUGAAGAAACUUGCUUUGAAGGUAAUAGCAGAAAACCUUUCAGAGGAGGAAAUCAUAGGCUUGAAACAAAUGUUCAACAAUAUGGAUAUUGAUCGCACUGGCACAAUCACAUAUGAAGAACUCAAAUUUGGAUUGUCCAGAUUGGGAUCCAAGCUAAAUGAAUAUGAAAUAAAGCAGCUAAUGGAUGCUGCUGAUGUUGACCAAAGCGGGACUAUUGACUAUCAAGAAUUCAUUACUGCCACUAUAAACCGACAUAAACUUGAGAAGGAAGCGAAUUUGUUUAAGGCUUUUCAAUACUUUGACAAGGAUAACAGCGGUUAUAUAACAAGAGAUGAGCUUAGACAAGCAUUGACUGAAUAUCAAAUGGGAGAUGAAGCAACCAUUAAUGAAGUCAUCGAUGAUGUUGACACUGACAAAGAUGGUCACAUUAAUUACCAGGAGUUUGUAGCUAUGAUGAGAAAGGGGACCCUGGAUAAUUAUGAGAAAGACAAACCACGAUAAGUUCAGUUCAUUGAUAUUAAUCGAGUGAUGUAUUCAAAUGAAAAUGGAGCUGUUUGUGGAUUUUUCUUGCUACUUGUUGCUGGAGAUUCAAUCUCUCUUGAAUUGGUCAGCAAGUGUACCUUAAUGUAAAAUUUUAUGGCACACGAAAUGCAAAACUUUGUAUAGCUUUUCUCAUAAAUA